CGGUUUUAUGACGCGGAUAAACAUGCAAUCCGUACCCUGACAGAGGUUUUUGGGAGUAAACUAUGGAAGAAUAGUGUGGUGGCUUUAACCUUUGCUAACUUUAAGACCAAAGAUCCAGAUGAAGAGAAUGACUUAACUUACUUCUCGAAUGAGAAGUACUUCUGGGAAAAAGAAAUCGAUGAAUUCCUAGCCAAUUUAAAGGUUGAUUUACUAGUGCGUCAACAGAUUCCAAUUGUUCCGACAGGAAAUUUUAAACAACUUUGCCUUCCCGGUUGUGAGAACUGGCUCUCAGAGCUGUGGAUAAAAUGCUUCAAUGUCAUGAGUAUUUCGUCAGGGUUAGCAUUCUUCAAAAUUAACGAGAGCCGUUUGAAAUAUCUAGACAGUUCUCCAGUCACCGCAAGCACGGCCACCGCAAGCACGGCCGCCGCUGCCUGUUCCUCUUACAAUCCUGAUGCUCAUGAGGAUAUCCCAACAGAGAUUCCUCAGAAUCAAGAGCAAGAAGAUGGGCUGUUAAAGAGGCUUUGGAAGGCUUUCUUGGACGUCUAUGAAGCAGCUAAAAACUUUGGUCAUCGCAUAUUACGAUUUUUUUUUUGCCAAACGAGGUAAUUCAAAUGUCAACUAGCAAACGAUUAUGAACGAGUUUUCACACGAAAACCAAUAUGUUUUGCUCAGAGAACUUGAAAUUUUUCUCACUUUGCAUGUGCUUAGAGAAUUAAAACUGAUCCUUUCC